UGAGCAAAAGAGCGCUCAGCUAAAAAAGUUGUCAUACCAGCUUCAAGAAAAGGAAGCUAUUAUUGAGGAGAAACAACAAGAUCUCCAUGACAUGGACAAAAAGAACCAGGAGCUCCAAGGAAAGCUUGAUGAAGCCCUGCAACAAAAUAAAAAACUUGUCCAAGAGAAAAAACAAGACGGCACGAAGAAGAGAGGGCUGUACAGCAAUCUCCAAGAAAUGGAGCUAAUGUACAGUGUAUACAAAAAAAAGCUUGAUCACACACUGCUAGAAAAUGAAAAGCUUCUGCAAGAGAAAAGGCAACAGGAGUUAAAAGAGAAAGAAAUGGAUUCCAAGCUUCAGAGCAUCAAGCAACACAAUGAAAGCUUGCAAGGAAAGCUUGAUGAAGCUCUUCGACAAAAUAGAAAACUCCUCCAAGAGAAGAAAGAAGAUGGCAUGAAGAAGAGAGGGCUGCACAGCAACCUCCGAGACAUGGAGCUAAAGUACAAUGUUGACAAAAAAAGGCUUGAUCGCACAGAGCAAGCAAAUGAGAAGCUCCUCCAAGAGAAAAGGGAACAAGAAAGCAAACAAAAAGAAAUGGAUUCCAAUCUUCAGAGCAUCAAGCAACAAAAUGAAAGCUUGCAAGGAAAGCUCGAUGAAGCUCUGCGACAAAAUAAAGCAAUCCUUCAAGAGAAAGAGCAGCUGGACAGAAAGCAGGGAGACAUGGAGUGCCAACUCCAGCUCAUGGAGGGAAAUGACAGGAUGCUGCAGGUAAAGUUCAAUGAGACACUGCACAAAUAUCAAGACCUGCUUCAAGAAAGAGAACAGCUGGUCAGUAAGCAGAGAGAAGAAAAACUUCUUCUCCAGGAGUUUGAGAAGAACAACCAAAACCUGCAAGAACUUUACAACAAACUGAAGUUCAAAGCAUCUGAGCUGGAAGGAGAAAAUGAAAAACUACAAAAACAGGAGGUAACAUCUAAAGUGCUGACAGAAAGGUUGGAAGAAAAACAAGGCGAAAAAGAAGAAGUGGUGAAAAAAUGCAACAAGCUGCAGAAGCAAAACACCGAAACAAUCGACGAGCUGAUCCUCAUCCUUGAGAAAAAGCAGAAAAAGAAAAAACGCUUCUGCUUCUUCUCGAGGAAGAACACUCCUUCUCUCACUACUGCCAAUGGACAAGAAGUUGACCCCUACACUCUUCCCUGGGAUGAGCCACUAGACUCUUCCCUUUCCUCUCUUCCUUGGUGUGACCAAGUCGAACUAGAGGAAAAGCGUUUGGAAGAAAUGGAGGAUGAAGCGCUCAGAAACACCGAGAAGAUUAAGUUCUUGAUGGAGGAAAAUGAGCAAAAGAGCGCUCAGCUAAAAAAGUUGUCAUACCAGCUUCAAGAAAAGGAAGCUAUUAUUGAGGAGAAACAACAAGAUCUCCAUGACAUGGACAAAAAGAACCAGGAGCUCCAAGGAAAGCUUGAUGAAGCCCUGCAACAAAAUAAAAAACUUGUCCAAGAGAAGAAACAAGACGCCACGAAGAAGAGAGGGCUGCACAGCAAUCUCCAAGAAAUGGAGCUAAUGUACAGUGUAUACAAAAAAAGCUUGAUCACACACUGCAAGAAAAUGAAAAGCUUCUCCAAGAGAAAAGGCAACAGGAAGAAGAAAGAAGAUGGCAUGAAGAAGAGAGGGCUGCACAGCAACCUCCGAGACAUGGAGCUAAAGUACAAUGUUGACAAAAAAAGGCUUGAUCGCACAGAGCAAGCAAAUGAGAAGCUCCUCCAAGAGAAAAGGGAACAAGAAAGCAAACAAAAAGAAAUGGAUUCCAAUCUUCAGAGCAUCAAGCAACAAAAUGAAAGCUUGCAAGGAAAGCUCGAUGAAGCUCUGCGACAAAAUAAAGCAAUCCUUCAAGAGAAAGAGCAGCUGGACAGAAAGCAGGGAGACAUGGAGUGCCAACUCCAGCUCAUGGAGGGAAAUGACAGGAUGCUGCAGGUAAAGUUCAAUGAGACACUGCACAAAUAUCAAGACCUGCUUCAAGAAAGAGAACAGCUGGUCAGUAAGCAGAGAGAAGAAAAACUUCUUCUCCAGGAGUUUGAGAAGAACAACCAAAACCUGCAAGAACUUUACAACAAACUGAAGUUCAAAGCAUCUGAGCUGGAAGGAGAAAAUGAAAAACUACAAAAACAGGAGGUAACAUCUAAAGUGCUGACAGAAAGACCCAAGAUGUCUCAAACAAAUCCAAAGGGACAAGAAGUUGACCCCUACACUCUUCCCUGGGAUGAGCCACUAGACUCUUCCCUUUCCUCUCUUCCUUGGUGUGACCAAGUCGAACUAGAGGAAAAGCGUUUGGAAGAAAUGGAGGAUGAAGCGCUCAGAAACACCGAGAAGAUUAAGUUCUUGAUGGAGGAAAAUGAGCAAAAGAGCGCUCAGCUAAAAAAGUUGUCAUACCAGCUUCAAGAAAAGGAAGCUAUUAUUGAGGAGAAACAACAAGAUCUCCAUGACAUGGACAAAAAGAACCAGGAGCUCCAAGGAAAGCUUGAUGAAGCCCUGCAACAAAAUAAAAAACUUGUCCAAGAGAAGAAACAAGACGGCACGAAGAAGAGAGGGCUGCACAGCAAUCUCCAAGAAAUGGAGCUAAUGUACAGUGUAUACAAAAAAAAGCUUGAUCGCACACUGCUAGAAAAUGAAAAGCUUCUGCAAGAGAAAAGGCAACAGGAGUUAAAAGAGAAAGAAAUGGAUUCCAAGCUUCAGAGCAUCAAGCAACACAAUGAAAGCUUGCAAGGAAAGCUUGAUGAAGCUCUUCGACAAAAUAGAAAACUCCUCCAAGAGAAGAAAGAAGAUGGCAUGAAGAAGAGAGGGCUGCACAGCAACCUCCGAGACAUGGAGCUAAAGUACAAUAGCAUCAAGCAACAAAAUGAAAGCUUGCAAGGAAAGCUCGAUGAAGCUCUGCGACAAAAUAAAGCAGUCCUUCAAGAGAAAGAGCAGCUGGACAGAAAGCAGGGAGACAUGGAGUGCCAACUCCAGCUCAUGGAGGGAAAUGACAGGAUGCUGCAGGUAAAGUUCAAUGAGACACUGCACAAAUAUCAAGACCUGCUUCAAGAAAGAGAACAGCUGGUCAGUAAGCAGAGAGAAGAAAAACUUCUUCUCCAGGAGUUUGAGAAGAACAACCAAAACCUGCAAGAACUUUACAACAAACUGAAGUUCAAAGCAUCUGAGCUGGAAGGAGAAAAUGAAAAACUACAAAAACAGGAGGUAACAUCUAAAGUGCUGACAGAAAGGUUGGAAGAAAAACAAGGCGAAAAAGAAGAAGUGGUGAAAAAAUGCAACAAGCUGCAGAAGCAAAACACCGAAACAAUCGAGGAGCUGAUCCUCAUCCUUGAGAAAAAGCAGAAAAAGAAAAAACGCUUCUGCUUCUUCUCGAGGAAGAACACUCCUUCUCUCACUACUGCCAAUGUCACCUCUUCUUCCCCCACCUCUAUUCCAGCUUAA